AGAGUCAUCGAGAACUGCUAGAUUUACCACGUCGUUUUGGUUUCUUAUGUUGAAAUGGAGGUGAUGGACGGCCCUCUGAAUCGUGCUCACCAGUGCGGCAGGAAGGCUGAUCGGUUACUGGCGCAAGAGAAAUACGAGGAAGCAAUGGCGUGCCAUGGAGAGGCAGCAGAUCUUCUGUGGAAAGCUUUACAGAUAACACAGUGUGAACAGGUUCAGUUGUCACUGGAGCUUCAGAGAGUCAGGCAUGUUCAGCAGCAGAGGCAGAUCCAGGAGAGCCUAAGGCGGGCUAGACUCUCAGGAAAGCCUGUGGUCAACCCUCUGAAGCCUGCCACUUCACUGCCACCAACCCCCCCUCCUAAAACCAUAUCUCAUCCUCCUGCUUCACCUCCCGUUAGGCCUCCCAUGGGCUCCAAGGCGGUGAAAGACGACAAAACUCGCCUGGAAGAACAGAGCACCGCCAUUGCUGACCUGAGAAAGCUUGUUGUUCUUCUGCUAGUGGAGAACGAACAUCUCUUGGCAGAAAACGUGCGGCUAAAGCUGGAAAAUGCGCAUCUGAGGAGAGAGCCCUAUGUGGAUCAGCAGAGCCCACACUUGACCCUUCUGCCACAGGAGACUGAGCCCGUUCAGAACCUCUCAGUGCCACCACUACCGCUGCUCCACCUGCCCCCAGAGCUCCAGGUUGAGAUCCAGGAGCUAUGGGAUAGAGAAUAG